CCAGAGCAGAGUCUGAACAGCUGGCGCGCGCUCCGUUCGUUUUUCCUUUUUAACCUUUUUUCAGUUAUCUGUUUUACUUUUGUAUGAUGCGCAGCUUCCAUGUUGUGUUUCGUCCUAGUAAUGGGGAUGAACAGACUGCUGGGUUGUUUUUGAGUCUCUCUGUUGCCACAGUAUGCUUUUGAGUUGCCCCCCGCGUGUUGUGUGACCACAGCUGGAGCACGAGCGCUGUUCGCGGUGCUGAAAGCGCUAAGAGCCGCGAGGAGAGCAGCCUCUGGAGAGAGAUGAGGAGGAAGAAGCACUCUGUGGCGGGCUUUUUACUCGCCUGGAGACUAGCACUGUUACUGAGUGUGGGUCAAAGUAAGGAGGUGGACAAUGCUGCAAGGACACGGCAGGCCCCAAUGUCUCCUUCUGAUUUUCUGGACAAACUGAUGGGGAGGACAUCUGGAUAUGAUGCCAGGAUAAGACCGAACUUUAAAGGUCCUGCAGUCAAUGUUUCCUGUAACAUUUUCAUCAACAGCUUUGGCUCCAUUGCUGAAACCACCAUGGACUACCGGGUGAACAUCUUCCUCCGUCAGCAGUGGAAUGAUCCCAGACUCGCCUAUGCUGAAUACCCAGAUGACUCUUUGGAUUUGGACCCCUCUAUGUUAGACUCUAUAUGGAAACCAGAUCUGUUCUUUGCCAAUGAGAAGGGAGCCCACUUUCAUGAGGUCACAACAGACAACAAACUGCUGAGGAUAUUUAAGAAUGGGAAUGUUUUGUACUCUAUAAGACUAACAUUAACUCUGUCAUGUCCCAUGGAUCUAAAAAACUUCCCUAUGGAUGUUCAGACAUGUAUCAUGCAGCUGGAGAGCUUUGGCUACACCAUGAACGAUCUGAUCUUUGAGUGGCAGGAGAAUGGACCGGUCCAAGUUGCCGAAGGGCUGACACUCCCACAAUUCAUCCUCAAAGAUGAAUCAGACCUUAGAUACUGCACAAAGCACUACAACACAGGUAAAUUUACUUGCAUUGAGGUGCGGUUCCACUUGGAGCGUCAGAUGGGCUACUACCUGAUUCAGAUGUACAUCCCCUCUCUGCUCAUUGUCAUUCUGUCCUGGGUCUCCUUCUGGAUCAACAUGGACGCUGCCCCAGCCAGAGUGGCACUGGGCAUCACUACUGUCCUCACAAUGACAACACAGAGCUCAGGCUCCAGGACUUCACUGCCUAAGGUCUCUUAUGUCAAGGCCAUAGAUAUCUGGAUGGCAGUGUGUCUGCUCUUCGUCUUCUCUGCACUGUUGGAGUACGCUGCAGUUAACUUUGUGUCGAGGCAACAUAAAGAGCUGCUGCGAUUCAGACGGCAUCACAAGAGCAAGAGCAAGAACAGUGGAGGUGCAGUUGAUCCAGAGGAGCUAGCUGAUUCCCUCCAUCGUGUUAACAUUGACAACGGCCUCAAACCGUCAGACCCUCUCUAUGGAUCUAUGACCAACUUCUACACCAGCAACCACAGGGAAGGGGAAGUGCAUGAGAGCAGGCUGACCUCCGCAGCUGCUGUGACCUCCACUCCCAGCAACAGCAAGGACUCAAAGGCCAGCACCAACAAUACUGUUACUUUAAUGAACACCCCAGGAGGCACAGCAAACACUACCCAGAACCCCCCUGGAGCAGCAACAAGUGGAGGGGGUAAAAGCACUGAAGAGAUGAGGAAGUUAUUUAUUGACAGAGCCAAAAAGAUUGACACUGUGUCAAGGGCCGGCUUCCCCCUGGCCUUUCUCUUCUUCAACAUAUUCUACUGGGUUCUUUAUAAGAUACUUCGACAUGAAGAUGUACAUAAGCAAUAGAAAAAGAAAGAGCAUAGAUUAUUCAUAUACAGUAUGGGCGCACACACACAUCCUUGUACUGCUGUUCAUAUGAGGACACUUCAUUGACUGUCUUUAUUUCCCGGUCCCCUAACCCUGACCCUGAGUACCAUUCAGGAUGACCUCACUUUGCAAAAAUGUCUUGAUUCUGAAGACGGAAAGCUUACUCACCAAAACACAUGUACAGAAAAACACAGGCACACACAUGUAUACAAAAGAAUCAAGAGUUUGCAAAUCAAGCUGUAUUAACUCUGCACUGGCAGAAUAAUGAGAUGACUUUUCCUUCCUUUAAGUAUACAGCAGGGUGCUUCAGAGAUUAACUGAAAUUUACAAAGUCUGAAAAACUGAGGUUAUUAUUUACACUUAAGGACAUUGCCAUCUGAAUUUUAAAAAAGCCCAGAGUAGUAUACAUAAUCAUAUCCAGCAUAUGGAUAUGUAUAAUGCCUCGAGUUAAAAAUAAUCUUCCUCUAAUGAACAAGCUCCAACUGACUCAAACUCCAUUAAUUGAAUCCAUUAUUUCCACUAGAAGGUGUAAAAGCAAAAAAAAAUAACCCUCAGUAACAAUCUGUGACCCAAACCAGUGUUUCCCCUGUGUUGCUUUCUCAAAAAACUGCAUUUUGUUUGAAUAAUCACUGCAGCAGGGGUAAUCUCCACCAGUCACAAGUGACCCUAUCAGCCAAUGUGAGUUUGUGUUUCAUUGAGUGGACUGAGCAAAUCAUAUAUUAACUACAUGAUUAUUGCUCAGGAUUAAAGGACCACAUGUGCUGUAUAAAAUCACCAUGAAGUCUCAGACGUUAGCUCAGUUUGAUUAUAUUGGUGUCUGUUUACUGACAUGCACACUGUUCUUAAUUUAAGUCACUUAAACAAGCAAAUUAUACAAAUGCAAAGUCUUCACAGUAAGUGGUCACACAAACUAGAAUUUUCCUGCUAUCAUACUAAAACUGACGUACAUUUAGGUCACCCAACGUGAAUAAAUAUGCAUUUUUAUACCAGAUGUAAAUACUACAGACAGUACAAACAUGAGAGCAGUUUGAUCCUUUAGAAUUCCUGCUAUGUGACAUUCAGUGACUCAUAGAUAGUUUCCUCUUGCACAGUUGGCUCUGACCCAGUCAGAUACAGUGUAUUAGUCAACUUGGAGUGACUGUUUUAUGGGUAAGAUGAUGCCUACAAUAGACAGACAGACGAGACUUAACUAAUAAGCCAAGUUCUGUAGAUGUCCAGUAGCAGCUCAGUGGAGGCAUAUCAUCAGUAUAUUAAUGUACAAGUCUGUACAAACUAGAUUCACAAUUUGAAAUGUAACAGGCAGGUUGCAGCUAAGCUCUUGGUCCUGGUAGAGAUGUGGCUACCUUCGGUGUUCAUUAUGUGUAACUCAGCAAAAGAAUUCUAUAGGUGGCUCUUUUUGAGUUGAGUGAGUUGAUACUGUGUGUACAUGUCAUAAACAACAAGCAGCCUCCUUAUCACUUUCAGUCCAUGUUGAUGGGGUUGUACCUGUCUGAACACUAUAAUAAGAUGUAAUAGCCAAACAAAAACCUGUGCUGAACAUAUGAAUGGAACAAUGUGAAUGGUUAAGAUGAUCAUUACCUAAAUAUUUAUAUAUAAUUGACCUUCCUGAGACAAUAAGGGCAGAUAUUUAUUCAUCUUUUCAGUGUACCGAAAGUCAUGUGUUUGUUAUUGUUGGCUCACAGUGGCUUUCUCCACCCUUUCCACUACCUACGCAGUGAUGUAUCAGCACCGAAGUGUGAAGCGUAAUCAAGUCACAGUUGUUACACAACCCACACAUUAAAAGAAACACCCAUGCAGGGUGGUACUGUUCUUUGUAAUUGGUGGAGAUUACCAUUAUAAUCAUGAGUCUAUGACGAAGGAGACUUGCAGUUUUAGAGAAGCAUGUGACAUAUGAGCACAUGGUUAGUCACGUGAAAUAGUUCCAUAAAUAAACCUGGUGUCAGUGGUAGACAGAAAGUCAUGAUGUAAUUCAAAUGGAAUAUGGCAUAUUUCAUAGAUCUUUAGGGAUAAUAUAUUAUAAAAUAAUUCCAAGUCAGACUCGUCCAAGAUGGAAAGGGUUCAAUCCCUUGAGGGCAUGAACUUCUUCUGUAAAUUUAUCAUUAUAUACAGUCAGGGGUUGUUACAAUAUGUUGCUCUGGACUAAAUUGAUGGAUGGAGGAUCAAAUGGACCAAGUGAUUGAUCAGUCAGUCAACAUCAUCAUCCUUUGUUCUCUGAUGCUAGUGAGGCAAAAAAACAAGACUAGGUCAAAACCUAGUAUAUGUUUGGACCAUGUAUGAAACACUAGAGGGUUUUUAAUUUGAAACAAUCACCUCACCUCAGUGACACUCGGCCGAGGUGAGUAAUGAAGCUACAUUAUUGGUCGGCCGAAGUCUGUCAGUCAGUCCCAGACUUUCACGUUUAUAGGUCUGGCCCCUGCAGGCCAGCCAAAAUCUAUUACAAUCAUAAUAAAGUCUUUGUACUUAAAACUGUUGUUGACCUGCUGUGGUGCUCAGUCUGACCCACAGAGUAAUCUGCCAAAACUCACAGUAUCCCAGAAAGUGAUGUACUGGAGACAACUCCUAAAUCCAUGAUAUUGUGUGUAUAUAUUUUAACAAAUAUUUACAAGAUGAAAUUCAGUCCUCAUACUGUGUUAUCUCUACUGUUGUCUUGCUACUGUGAGACAUCUGCGCUAACCUGCAACUUUUCAGUCCAUUCAAGACUUCCAACACUGUGACAGAGACCAAGAGGAGAUGGGAUUAACACUCACCUCCAUUUACAUACAAUCUCUAAAAAGCUCCAGAUAUGGAAAAACAACAAUCAUGAAGGAUUAUCAUUACAAAAAUCACCCAUGAUUAAAGACUACAAUCAUGGGUAAAUACUGCAGUCAGUGGGAACUGUUGUGGAAGGCAGCAGACAUUUUCCUGUAACAGACUGUAGACAAAAAGAGACUCCUCAAAAGAGACUCACACACAUGAAUAACACACUGUUUCGCCUACUUGUGUCUUACAGCUCAGCUGCCAAUGUGUUUUUGUCCCCUACGCUUUCAGCCCCACCUCGAACUUCUCAUUAAACCCACACACACGCACACAGCUGUUACCACACACUGUACAUGGCUGUUUUUAUUAUGUUAUCAGAGCCUACUGUAAAAUCACCACUGAUAUCCUGUUCUAACUUGUUUACACUCUGAGUAAUGCUACAGCUUCUAUCGUACUUUUCACUUCACCCUUUUAUCUAUUCAUCUUAUGGUGAAAUAUCAAACACAUUUUUUUUCUGACUUAGGAAUUUGGGCUGAAAAAGAGAUUUAAAAAAUAUUGAAAAGUAAGUGAGAGGAGGACAGGUGGUGUGUGAUAAACGGUAAAUGGACUGCAUCCAUAUAGCGCCUUUCUAGUCUUCCAACCACUCAAAGAGCUUUACACUACAUGCCAACAUUCACCCAUUCACUGAUGGCGCAGCCUUCGGUAGCAAUUUGGGGCUCUUGCCCAAGGACACUUCGACAUGCGGACUGGAGGAGCCGGGUAUCAAACCACCAAUCUUCUGAUUAGUGGACAACCUGCUCUACCUCCUAAGCCACAGCCGUGACGGAUGUAAAGUUAUUCCCUCCAGCAGGUCGAUAUCCUGUUUUCAUGCAAAGUCAUAAAUAUUUGUAUUACUAAACCACAGCUACGAUGUUGGCCACAAGGUUUUACAGAUAUAGUCUCAGAUAAAGUAAUGUUGACAGAUGUGUAGGCUGCUAUGCCUAGACAAGUCUGUACUUAAAAAGUAUUUUGUCACUAUACAAUUAGCUCAGAUCUCUUGCCAAAUUAAUGCUUUUUAUGAAAUUUUGACCCUUGAAUCUUCACCAUUUCAUUGGAAUUUCAUUGGGUUUUCUAGGAAACAGUUUGGCUCCCACUUUAAUUACUAUCAGCUGUUGACAUUACAUUGCAGAUACUGCAACAUUGAGUCUGUUUGUGUUUGAAACACUGGAACAGUCUGCAAAGGUUACUCUGUUGCAGUAUUACAUCAUGCAUUUUCUCCCUACCUAGGUAGUCAUGAACACUUUAAACUUUUGCCACACAACUUGAAGGGAUCAGCACUGUACUAAAAAUUACAUUUAAUCUUCCUGCUGACCUUUUUCCAAAGCAUGCUGCAGUAUUUUAGUGUUUCAGUUCAGAAUGUCCCUCAGUGUGAAAUCAACUUGUAGAGACUUGACUUCUUGUUUGAGAUAUGGAAUAAAAUAUGGAGUCAUAGUGAUGACAGUGAUUUGAUGGUCACUGUUUUAAGCUUCCACAAGUUGAUUUUCUUCUGCUUUAUAAAAUAUAUACUAGUAAUGUGAGGAAAUAGAAUUGGCUAAAAUAUGCAAAAACAUGAGAGGAGUGUAAUCCUUUAGAAUUCCUGCUAUGUUACAUUCAGGGACUCAUGGAUAAUUUCCUUUUGCACAGCUGGCCCUGACCCAGUAUCUACAUGUCACACUGAGCGGUUCAAUGGCUGGUUUGUGCUCUCUGUGUGGCAUGCUGACGGAGGAGCCUCAGAUUUUACAUAUUCUCAUGUUGAACACGGGCUUGAAAACCUGUGUCCUCCAGUAACUGACCAGUGGUUCCACUCUUAUGCCUUGGAGUCAGUCUUGGACUAUGAACUGGGGAUGCAGCUGUGUCUACAUGGUUAAUGUUCAGUUGGUGCACAAUUUGUUGCAAACAGUUAUUGGGCACAAUUAAAGUAAGGAGCACAAACCAGCCUCUAAGGAACAUUUAUCGCAUGUAUUUAUCACCACUGAUGUUUUCAAAGCUGACCGCACUGUUUUACAUUUUUCAGUGUUUGUCCUACUAUGCAGGCAGUCAUCUGUCAGUUAUCUGUUGUGCGAUAACAAUAUUUACAUAUUGCACAUUUCACUUCCCUGUAUGUUGAUUUUCAUAGUAUACAGUCAGCAAGCACAGUAAAUGGAAAGCUGUGUUAAAACGAUUACACUAACGAUUACACAGCAUAAAGUUAGCAGUUCUAUGUAGCCUCAUGAUACUGAAUACGACAUGCAACAACACAGGUGUGGUCCUGUAAGAGUUGAAUGAUUAACAGAUCAACUUUCCCAUUCAAAGUCUGCUGUUUUCUACAUACUCUGUUUCCAGUGUUUCCUGGGAGGAUGUUCAGUUAGCUUGUAAAUAUGAAGCUUUUCCAUGCAGUUACUGUGCUUUAUUUACACCAGUGUUUCCACCCAGAAAUAUUUUCACGGUUCUAAUGAAAACAACUUCUUGCUGUUUCCAUUAUGAAGUUUAUGUUGUCCACUGGUAUGCUCCCACCAAGGACUUAUGUUUGUUCAAAACUGGACAAAAGAAAGAUAAUCAGCAUUUAGAUUUUUCAAAUUGAAUAUUCCCAGAUUUGAUCUAUACAUACUGAUAAUAUAUGGCAUGUACUUCAUAGUAGGUCAAAGUAUACUUUUAUUGCAAUUAAUAUACCAGAAAUUAAUGUACUGCAUCAUUUUAUACUAGAAGGAAAUUAAGUAAUAUGUGUUGGCAGAUGAUGGAUGACAAUCGAAUUUUGACUCUGUCACUGGCAGUUAAACUUCAGAUCUUCCUUGAGCUGGCUAAUUCAGUCAUUCAUUUAGUUUCCACUGUGAACACACUACAUAUUCAAAACCUGCUUGGAAUUAUGGGACAAAGCUUGUGUUUGUGGGUCUGGGUAAAAUCAGCAGAACUUAAGCCAUUCAAAUUUCCCAUUUUAACAUAUCCAUUCCUGAAGUGUCCUAUAUCUCUGUCGACUUUAAGCACCACAGGGAAAUCAACUGGGUUGUAACAACUUUGAACAGGUUUCAAAUUGUAUUCAGCAAACUAAAUGAAUGCAAAUCGGUGGAUGUCUGGCAGGAAAACAGAUUCAAAAUCUAAAAACUGUUUGGAAAAUAAUUGGCAGUUAUUUCAAGUCUACAUGGUUUAUUGUUAAGGUAAUAAAAUGAGCAUUGCUUUAGUGAAACAGUAUUUUAUUACAUAUUAAAGCUCCUACACUCCCACGGUGCACCUGCACUGGUAUUUUCACUGGUGUUGCCUGAUUAGCGCUCCUCUCAGGACUGUGUGGGCGUCUUCACUCUCUUGUUGGAUAUGUUCCACCUGUUUAGGCUGGGAAACCUUAAAGCUUUAUCAUUCUGAUCAGUACCUGUGCAGUAGUUAGAUGACCUCAUGUGAUUCCCAGCAUAGCACCUCAUUAACCUGUAAUGAGGUCUAAUUGACCAGAAGAACUGAAAACACCUGUAUGGGUGUGUUCAGUUUUUCUACUUGGGGCCUUGUACUUGAUGAGCUGUGUUACGGCAGUCUUCUUCACAACCUCACGAACAAAACUGUCUCUGUGAUGCUGUUGGGAAUGCGGGCAGAUUUCAGUGGCAAGUUUUUUACGUUUAUAGCACUGUUUUUAACUCUGACACACAAUGAAAAACUACUCUAUACUUACAUGUACAUUUUUACAGUAGAUGAAAGAGUAUUAAUUUUGUACAAAAAGGUCAGGUUUUAAAUGAAUUCAUUUAAUACUGAUGAAUAUUGGUCAUGGAUCUCUGACAUGUGCGUUUCUGUCCUGAGUUCAACAUGUUCUUUAAGCUGCUGUUGGGAAGAUGCAGCCAAUGAACCAGAUGAGCAUCAUCAACGCUUUAACGUAUGCCUUCCUUUAGUUGUUUUCACAAAGAAAUAUAAUUCUGGUGAUGACGUUAUGAGUUGAUUGGCUCAUAGCUGAGUGCCACAGUUUUUUUCAAAAAAAACCCCAACCCAAAGUACUGGAGCCAUGGCUUUCCUCACUAGAUUUCCAUUGCAGUUUUCCCCAAAAGAGUUUCAAUAUACUGUAUGUAGCAGCUAUAUAUACAUAUGCCGAAAAUUGUUUCACAGUUUUAUCUCAACAAUGGAUUUUGAAGAUGUUAUGUUUGUUUUGUAUUUAUACUUGCAUUGUGGUUGAAAUGUGGUAAAAGUGUGUGGAUUUGUGGAGAAUACUUUGUUAAAUUGAGUGCAUAUCACAAGUCUUAGUUCACUACAGUGUACAAACUCUGUGGAAAAUCUUUCAUGGGAACACUGGUCUUGGACAAAUUUCAUAUCUCAGAUGGAGUUUCUAUUUCAUCAUGGAUACAUUUUUUUUUUUAACAAAAACUCACUCCCUUGAUGUUGUAAGUUCUCCCUCAGAGUGAAGCAUCACAUAUCUUUCCAAACACACCACAAGAAGUAAGUAAUCAUAUACUGUCAUGAUCCUGUCGAGUUUAAAGGUGAAAACAUACACAACCAAACUCUUCAUAUGCUGAGUACAGAGUUGAGAGCACACACACUAUUUUUUGUAAAAUAAGA